AAAUGGAAAAAAUGAACUGCCAUCAACCGAAAACAUAAUUUCAGUUGUGAGAGGAAGAGACUGUGAAUCUCAACAAUGGGGUGUGACAAUUCGACCAAUGUGACAGGUACGCCAUACACCGUGCUGGUGGCCCUUCCUAUGAGCGUCCUGGUGGGGUUUCUCAUCCUCCUUAUUGUCUUUGGCAAUGUGCUGGUGAUAAUCGCAGUGUUCACGAGCCGAGCUCUCCGGGCUCCUCAGAACCUGUUCCUGGUGUCUCUGGCCUCCGCUGAUAUAUUGGUGGCUACUCUGGUGAUGCCGUUCUCGUUGGCGAAUGAGCUGAUGGGCUGCUGGGCCUUUGGGCAGGUUUGGUGCGAAAUCUACCUGGCCUUAGACGUUCUCUUCUGCACAGCCUCCAUCACUCACCUGUGCGCCAUCAGUCUGGACAGGUACUGGUCGAUCACGCAAGCCAUCGAGUACAACCUCAAGCGCACACCGCAACGAAUCAAGUGCAUUAUUUUUAUAGUUUGGAUCAUCGCCGCCGUGAUCUCCUUCCCGCCUCUGAUAACCAUGGAGAAGGUAGAGGGGAACACCUGCAAAAUCAACGAAGAAAAAUGGUACAUCGUUUCCUCUUCCAUUGGCUCGUUUUUCCUGCCUUGCAUCAUCAUGGUCCUCGUGUAUGUCCGAAUUUACCAGAUCGCCAAGAAGAGAACCAGAGCGCCACCUGGGGACCGGAUGAUAAAGGAAGUGGGCAAGAAGGAGAAUGAUCUGGAGAGGGAUCCCAAUGAGAAACUCAAUGGGAAUCCCAACCCUAAACCGGAUGAGGACAUGGAGGAAUCGUCCUCCUCGGACCACAAGGUCUCCAACCCUUGCUCCCUCAAGAAGAAGAGCUCCAAAGGAAAGACUAAGCGGAGCCAAAUCAAACCGGGGGACGGCGACAAGCGCGAGGUCCUUCAGACCACCAAGACCAGCAGGUGGAAGGGCCGCCAAAACCGGGAAAAGCGCUUCACGUUCGUCCUGGCGGUGGUCAUAGGCGUGUUCGUCAUCUGCUGGUUCCCGUUUUUCUUCACCUACACGUUGACGGCGUUUUGCGAAGAAUGCGUGCCAGAACCACUUUUCAAGUUUUUCUUCUGGUUCGGCUACUGCAACAGUUCCCUCAAUCCCAUUAUAUACACCAUCUUCAAUAAUGACUUCCGAAGAUCCUUCAAGAAGAUCCUCUGCCGGAGAGAUAACAGGAGAGUGGUGUGAAUUGGGUUGCUGUGUUCUUUUUCUUUUUCCCUUUCCUUUAUCCAAUGUAAUAUACCACCUGGCGUUUAUGGGAAGUCCCUGUGUACAGUAAGCCAGCAUGUUAUGUGUCAUUAUACAACAAGUCCGAAGAGGGGGAAAAAAACACUCACAUGCUUUGUACAAAUGCAACAAUGCAUGGUUAUGCAAUUACAGCACAAUGCAUAUUCAUCCAUUUCUGAAGUGUAUUGUUGUAUCGUUCUUGAUAUACAGUGAGUGGUGUAGUCUCAUAACUGGUAUUUUAUCAUCCGGAGGGAUGUAUUUGAAGACAAUGCAUCAUUCUCAAACCACGCUGGAUGUUGUUCAAAAUGUGAAAAACAAUUCAAAAAGGACUACAAACUUGGCCUUCAAACUUCAUAAUGUG